ACCUGUGAGAUUUGAGAUAUCCUAGACUUGAGUCAUAUCCAGAUAUCUAAGGUGUUCUCACUCUAUUGUAGUGGUCAUAUAACAGCAGGAAAUGCAUUUCCUACAAGUACCUGCCUGAGAACUAGGUAAUAUCUACUCCUUGGUCCCUUUCUGGUGAAUUGUAUUUUUUUUCCCGCUUCGACCAUUCAUACUUACAUUUGCACUUGAUUCUACACUUCGAAACCUCUAAGUCGAAAUAUACGCCAUGAAUAAUCUAGGGCCUCUCAUCCUCGCCCUUGCAUGGGUACUUGGCACUGUAUCAUCGCUAGUUGUUGCCUUGCGGUUCUACGUACGCAUAGAGAUGCUACGGAAGUUCAAUAUCGACGAUUGUAUGAUCGCUAUUACUUUGCUAUGCGUGAUAUGCCUGGCGAUAUUUCUCACAUUGGCAGUGUCUUGGGGCUUUGGGAAGCACGCCGAGGCCCUUGCAUCCGAUCCCGUAGCUACCAUGCACUCCAUGAAAUGGAUAUACCUGAGCGAGCUCUUUGCUGUUAUGGCAGCGGCAUUCGGUCGCAUUUCGUAUGCUUUCCUACUGUCGAGCAUUCCCCCACCGUCCAAGCCGUGGAGAAUGUUCCUGUGGGCGCCGGUCGGAAUCCAUUUAGUGACCGAUGUUGCGGUGCUGUCUGUCACCUUCACCCUGUGUAGGCCGUUUCGGGGGUACUGGGAUGAAGCCAUUAUAGCCAAUUGCUGGUCCUCAAAUACACAAACAUAUGAAGGCUAUAUUCAGGGCUCUGUAAGCACGGCAGUUGACUUUCUCCAGGCUAUAUUCCCGUGCAGCCUGUUCUGGAAUCUCAAUAUGCACUGGAAGCAGAAAGUCUCCCUAAGCUCGAUAAUGGGACUUGGAAUCUUCGCCAUGAUUGCCUCCUUGAUUAAGACGAUAGAAAUCAAAAGCCUUGGGGUCCAUGAUAUGAAUUAGUCUCUGGCGAAGCUUAUAAUCUGCGUUAUUCUCGAAGCCAACUUCGUGCUUCUUUCUGCGUCAAUACCGGCCAUCGUGCCCGUCUUUAAGACUUCGAGGACUUCGAGGAACAACAAUCGUGGGCGUAUUGAUAACUUGAACACUUUUUCCUCAUGGAAACGUGCCCAGGCGAAAAGGUCAGGGGCGAACGAUGGAUCAUUCGAGCCGGUAGGGGAGCCUACCCCAGCUAAUGGGGAUGACGGGAAUGAGGCCUAAGGACACAUGCAUGGAGAACUGAAAUACCUUAGCUAUGAAACAUUCGUAACCCUGUUUAGAGAUUUAAUUGUUGCUUGUUCUCGAUCACAUACGAUGAAAUA